GUUUAAAUAUUUAACGUAUUUUGAAAAUAUUUAGCCUAAUUUGGGUUUGUAACAACAUUGAAAUCGAAAGAGGAAGUUAUUUCAACAAUAAGUUGUAUUAAUUCCUGGAAGCAGUAAAAUCUUAUUUUCUAUGUGGAAAGAGAUUGAUACAAUAAUGGCUGAAAAUUCCCUAUUAGUGGCAGCUAUAGAUUUUGGAACAACGUAUUCUGGCUGGGCGUUUUCGUUUAGACAUGAAUUCGAACGGGAACCAACUAAAGUAUCUGCGAAAAAUUGGAGCGGUGGCCAGCUUGUUUCACUGAAAGGGCCGACUUGUGUAUUGAUAAAGCCAGACGGUCAAACUUUUCACAGUUUUGGAUUCGAAGCAGAGAGCAAGUAUGCUGAUCUCGCAUUAGACGAGGAACAUGAAUCGUGGUACUUCUUUAAACGGUUUAAAAUGAAACUCUUCUCAGAGGGGCUCGGGAGAAACCUGCUACUCGAAGAUGCAAGUGGGAAGAAACUAUCAGCAAAAUUAGUUUUCUCGCUGUCAAUCAAACAUUUGAAAGAUGAUCUUCUCAAAUUGUCUGAGAAUCGUAUUUCUGGCGGAGGUCUUAGAGAUGGUGACAUAAAGUGGGUUUUAACAGUUCCUGCAAUCUGGAAUGAUGGCGCUAAACAGUUUAUGAGAGAAGCUGCACGAGAGGCUGGGAUUUCUGACGACAAGCUGACCAUUGCUUUGGAACCGGAAGCUGCGAGUCUUUACUGUCGCCAUCUGCCGGUAGAGAAAUGUGGAAGUGAUAAAAUGUCCUUGUCCAAGUUUGGAGCUGGAAAACGUUAUCUUGUAUUAGAUGCCGGAGGCGGAACCGUUGACAUAACUGUCCAUGAAGUUAUGAGAGGUGGUUGUUUAAAAGAACUUCACAAGGCAAGUGGUGGGGCAUGGGGAGGAACAACCGUCGAUGAUGCUUUCUUUAAUUUUCUCUCAAAAAUUGCAGGGCCGAGCGUAAUGGCAAAAUUUAAGGACAAGCAUAUGGAAGAUUUCAUAGACCUUUUCCGUGAUUUCGAAGUCAAAAAACGGGAGAUACGUCCGGACAAAGAUUCUAAAGUUACAUUUAGAAUACCUACCGUGUUUGCAGAUCUCGUUAAAGAAGUGAAAGGAGAAACCUUGCAGGACUCUAUUUCAAAAAUGGCAUAUGCUAACCAGGUAAAGCUAGUGGGAGACAAGCUUCGAGUUGAACCCGACAUUGUAAAGAGUUUCUUUGAGCCGUCCAUAAAUAGUAUCAUGAGGCACGUGAGAGAAUUGCUGCAGAAACCAGUUAACAGGGGAGUUGAAGCAAUUGUUAUGGUUGGUGGUUUUUCUGAAUCCCUUUUACUUCAGCAUGCGACGAAAGGCACUUUUUCAAAUUUGCGCAUUAUUGUUCCUGACGAAGCAGGCCUGGCAGUCUUGAAAGGCGCAGUAAUUUUUGGUCACCAGCCAUCGGUAAUAUCGGAACGAGUAAGCAAAUACACAUAUGGCGUCGAUACUAUUCAAAAUUUUAUUCCGACGCGGCACCCGAUUGAAAAGCAGAAAGUCGUAUCUGGCGUUUUAAAAUGCCAGGACAUAUUUUCUAUACAUGUUAAGGCAGGUGAAACGCUUGUUGUCGGAGAGCCGCAAACUGAACAAACUUAUACGACAUCAACUGAAACUCAACAUGCUAUGGUCAUAGAUAUUUAUGCAACACAACAGCUUAAUCCAAAGUAUACCGAUGAGCCUGGAUGCCAUAAAAUCGGCACAAUAGACGUUCCUGUUUCGGGAAGUGGGCUUGGUAGAAAGGUGAUGGUGAAAAUGAUUUUCGGCGGUACAGAAAUUGAAGUGGAAUGCACAGAAGUAGCAACAGGGAAAAUCACUCGCACAAAAGUUGACUUUUUAACAUAAAAUGAUGCGCCAUGGAUACAAUUGUAGAUGAUGAAUGGAGUGCGAUACCCCGCACACACGUAGAUUGUUAAUUAUGGUAUAUCGAUUGCAAGGCAUUAUGUAUUCCUAGCACCAUAGUAUAUAAUUAUAUUUUUAAGAAAAUCAUUUAUAUGUAGCAGCAAAGAUGCAGUAACAUGUAUGCAGUUUAAUGUCGAAAUGAUUCAAUUCGUUAAUAAUUUACCUAUUUUAACUUGUAACUCGUCAAGGAAUCAAUGGGGAUAUAUUUAAAGGAAGGAAGAUGAAAAGAGCAACAACAAAAUUCAAACUACUUACGACGAAAUGAAACGCUAUCUACCAACCAUUUGACACAUUUGUAAAUUUUGAUUUUUAUAGUUCAUGAGUUAACAUUGCCAUAUAUGAUAUAAAUGUAUAUUAUAAUUAAGAACUUUUGUGUGAAUCACUUUGUGCAACGAAACUUUAAAUAAAAU